GAGUGGGAGAUGAGGGGGCUUCCAUGGGGUUUUCCCUUCUCUCGCAGAGCAAGCUGGUCAAGUACUUCAGCCGGCAGCUCUCCUGCAAGAGGAAGGUGGCCCUGCAGGAGCGCAACGCCAAGCUGGAGGGCUUCCCCCAGCUCCUGCACUGGUUCCGCAUCGUCGACAUCCGCAAGGAGGUGAUGGAGGAAAUAGCCCCUGGGCAGCUGAGCCUGGAGGAGCUGCUGGAGAUGACCGAUGAUCAGGUCUGCGAGACCGUGGAGAAGUUUGGGGCCAACAGCGAGGAGUGUGCCCGCCUCAACGCAUCCCUCUCCUGCCUCCGCAGCGUCCAUAAGUCUGGCGGCAGCCUCUCCAAGCAGGACUGGACCAUCCAGUGGCCCACGACGGAGCCGGGCAAGGAGAACCAGCCUGGCUGUCCCCAAGAACCCGCCCCAUGGAGCCGCACGCACCUCUCGGCCAGCCCCAAACCCCCCGCCAAGUGCGCCCAGCACCACUGCCACGGCCCCCUCUACACCCACGUGGACCGCCUGACUGUGGAGGGCCACCCGGGGCUGUGUCCCCCCGUGGAAUCCGGCCACCGUUCCCUGCCUCCCUCCCCUCGGCAGCGGCACGCCGCUCACACCCCGCCGCGCACCCCCAACAUCGUCACCACCAUGACACCGCCAGGCACGCCGCCGCUGCGCCGCAGGAACAAGCUGAAACCCCCCGGCACCCCCCCACCUGCCUCCCGAAAACUCAUCCACCUCCUGCCUGGCUUCACAGCCCUGCACCGCAGCAAGUCGCACGAGUUCCAGCUGGGGCACCGCGUGGAUGAGGCCCACACCCCCAACGGUCGCGACCCUGGGGUGACCCGCCGGACACGCGUGUGGGACACGCGGCUCUUCCCGCAGUGCCGGGAGGUACGGAAGCGCAACAGCUCCGAGCGGUGCCGCUUCCUGCGCGGCACCCCGGACUGCCGCCUGGACGACGGUUUCCUCGACUACCUCGGCGGAGCGUUCUGCGCCUUCCCCGCCGCGCUGCUCCCGCUGCCCGUCGGCCUCUACGUGCUUUGGCUCCUCUACCUCUUCGUCUUCCUCGGCGUGACGGCGGAGAAGUUCUUCUGCCCCAACCUGUCGGCCAUCUCCACCAUCCUGAAGCUCUCCCAUAACGUGGCAGGUGUCACCUUCCUGGCCUUCGGCAACGGGGCCCCGGACGUCUUCAGUGCUGUGGUGGCAUUCUCCGACCCACGCACGGCUGGGCUAGCAGUCGGGGCUGUCUUUGGUGCUGGCAUCUUUGUGACCACGGUGGUGGCUGGCGGCAUUGCCCUGGUGAAGCCCUUCACAGCGGCCUCCAGGCCCUUUCUCCGGGACGUCAUCUUCUACAUGGUGGCCAUCUUUCUCACGUUCCUGAUCCUCUUCUUUGGCCGCAUCACACUGGGGGAGGCUCUAGGGUACUUGGGGCUCUACGUCUUCUAUGUCUUCACUGUGGUGCUGUGCACCUGGAUUCACCGCUGGCAGCGUGGGGAUGGGCCGCCCCAACCCGGGCCGUGGGAGCCAGCCAUACCGACAGAUGCUGAGGAGCGGGAGUCCUCGGGCACCAACUGCGGGGACUACGGUGAGGAGUAUCGACCCCUGCUGCCCUACCGCGAUUCCUCACUGCACAUCCUUGGCACUGCCCUCAACCCCCUGGACAAGCAAAAGUGGAGGAGGAAGCCCUGGUACUGGCGGCUCUUCAAGGUGCUCAAGGUCCCUGUGGAGCUGGUACUGCUGCUCACCGUGCCUGUGGUGGAUCCCGACAAGGACGACUUGAACUGGAAGAGACCCCUCAACUGCCUGCACAUCGUCACCGGGCCCCUGCUCUGCAUCCUCACCCUCAAGUCAGGGGCCUAUGGGCUGUACCAGAUCCAGGGCGUCUUCCCGGUCUGGGUACUGGUUGCACUGGCUGGCUCCGUCCUGGCCAUCAUCAUCUUUGUGACCACACGCAAUGAAGACCCACCCAAAUACCACUGUGUAUUUGCUUUCCUCGGGUUCCUGGUCAGUGCUAUGUGGAUCAAUGCAGCAGCCACGGAGCUGGUGAACGUCCUGCGGACCCUGGGCAUCAUCUUUGAACUGAGCAACACUGUGCUGGGCCUGACCCUGCUGGCCUGGGGCAACAGCAUUGGAGACACCUUCUCUGACCUCACCAUGGCACGGCAGGGCUACCCCCGCAUGGCCUUCUCUGCCUGCUUUGGAGGCAUCAUCUUCAAUAUUCUGGUGGGCGUGGGGCUGGGCUGCCUGCUGCAGAUGACCAGCAGCCAGAUAGUGGUAAAGCUGGAGCCUGACAGUCUGCUGGUGUGGAUCUUGGCUGGAGCCCUGGGACUGAGCCUGGUGUUCUCCUUUGUGGUGGUACCAGCACAGUGCUUCCAGCUGGGCAGGGCAUACGGCACCUGCCUCAUCAUCUACUACUUGGCUUUUCUCUGUGUGGCCCUGCUCACUGAAUUCCGGGUGAUCCACCUAGUUCCCACCUGAGUGCUGCAGGGCCACGUUCCUGCCGCAGCCCACAGGGCCACACAUUUGCUCUCUGGAGAGAGCUGGUUGUGUUUUGGGAAAGAAAGAGGAUUUGUUAAGCACUAGUCAUCUCCUCGCUCCACUCUGUUGAACUUCAUUUAACUUGGGGUGUCUCUGAACAAUGAUGAGGGUAAAGGCUUGGUUGGCUACUGCUCCAAGGUAUAGGGCUGGAGUAGCUGCAGGGGAGCACACGCUAGGACACCCCUUCAUCUCCCCAUCUGGGCUCCUCUGGGGCUGGCGCUAUGGAGAAACUGGAAAGUAAAGGCUUGAGUGCAACUUUGGGAAUGUCUGUCAUUGCAAGGGGCAGCAAGCCUUCAGCAGGUGAACUGAAAGAGCAAGCAGAGAUGUUAAGGUGAGGCAAAGCACCAGAGCAGUUCUCGGGCUUAAUGCACACAAAGCUGAUAAUAAGCCCACGGAAGCCUGUUUUCUCCUUGUUUUUUUUUUUUCCUUUAAAGCAAUAUUUUUCAGUCUGAAUUUAAGAUACUCAAAAGGUGCACAGAGCUGUAGCAAAGGACUUGAUUCUCGGAGGCUCCCAUGUGCCCGAUAGCCUCAGGUUUAGACACUGUAAGAACGGACAAUUUGCAAUUAAAGACUACACAGCCUCCA